AUGCAAUACUAUAGAACACAACCAGUGUUACAUUCUGAACAAUAUCAUCAUUCAUGGCCACAAAAUACUAAUAAUCAAUUGCAAACAAUGUCAGGACCGCAACCACCUCCUCAAUCAUCUGGAAAACAACCUCUUAUAAUCCCAAAUGCUAUGCAUCAUCAAAUGGUUUUUGAAUCUACUAAUGGUGGCGUGCCACCACCGCCACAUUAUCCUGUUCAAUAUGCACCACCGCCACCUCCAUCUUCUCAUACAGCACCUGAUUUUAAUUCCCAAAUUCAAGAUUCACAACGUAGAAUUGUUCCUGAAGAAGCCAUUACAAAUGGUGACCACGAUCACGCUAAAAAUGUUUCCCAACGAGAAAAUUCACUUAUUGAAAGAAAUAAUUAUUUGGAAGAGAGAGUAAGGGAAUUGGAAAAUGAUAUUAUUAAUGAACGUAAAUUACGUGGUCGUAGAGAAUUUUUGGAACAAAGAGUAUCCGCACUUGAAAUUGAGAAAAAUCUUCUUAAACAAUUAUUGUUGGAACGUGCUUCUGCUCCAAAUACUGAUGUUUCACAAUACGAGAAAAAACGCAAAAUGUCUGCUACUAUUGAUGCUGAUAUUCAAAUAAAAACUCAAAAAGAUGCAUAA